AUGCAGAACCAGGUUCAGCCGUCGCCCCAAAAUCUCGGCAAAGAUGGUGCCGAAAAGACUGCCAGGUCAAUUUUUGUGGGCAAUAUUCCAUAUGAGGCGACAGAGGAAAAACUUAUUGAGUUGUUUAGCAAGGCUGGACCAGUAAACGGGUUUCGCUUAGUUUACGACAGAGAAUCUGGCAAACCAAAGGGAUACGGUUUCUGUGAGUACAGCAACGCCGCAAUUGCUGCCAGUGCACUUAGAAAUCUGCAUAAUAUAGACUUUAAUGGUCGCCCCUUGCGCAUUGGGCCAGCCGCUGGUGAACAGAAUUCCGCAGAAGUGGCAUUGAGUAAUCCUGCUGUCGGUCCUCCAGUUGAAAAUGCCUACGGAUCUCCAGUUGAUCCUAAACACGCACCCGAAGCCAUUAGCAGAGCUGUUGCAAGCCUGCCCCCUGAACAGAUGUACGAACUUAUGAAACAAAUGAAACUCUGCAUACAGAAUAACCCGAAUGAAGCACGGAAUAUGUUGCUUCAGAACCCUCAGUUGGCAUAUGCACUUUUACAGGCUCAGAUAGUUAUGAAGAUCGUUGAUCCUAAAGUGGCGAUUGGAAUGCUCAAUAGAAGCCAUGAUCAGAUCCCACCAGCAAGACCGGAUAAUUCGAAGUCCUUCGAGGAAGAACAAAAUUCGUUUCAAACUCCUCCGGCUCAUAACUUUCAAACACCCCACUCUCAGCCAGUCGCUCCCUCAAUGCCGGCUGCUCAGCCACCAUUUCCUCACUCGACUGUGUCAUCGCUCUCAAUCAACAGCUCUGUUGCCCCCACACAAUACCAGCAAGGUCCUACGGCUGUGCCGCUGCGUUCAACAAAUCCGGCCAUGCCUCAGCCCGCUACACAAAUCCCCUUCACCUCAGAAUACCCUGUCAUCUCACAGGAGUCCAUGUCUGCAGGUAAGCUCCGCUUGAACAAUUUUUCACGCCAACUUUAUGCUGCGACUUGUGGGGAGUAUUUUUCAGGAUGA